AUGCUUCCUUCAAAAGUGAAUGAAAACUGCCUCGAGAAAAUUCCUGUCCACCUUCUCGUGGUCCCUAAAUUUGUGGUAGAGGAUACCAUUACCACGAACGCCCUUCAGUCCUGGGUAUUCUUCCAUUUCUUCCGCUUCGGUCUUAGGUUUUGCUUCGGCGAAAUAUUCCAAAAUAUAUUGCCUGCUACGUUCUGUUAUCCAGCGAAAUCUACAAACUCUCCGUGGCCACAGCUUGGACUUCCGAUUACUGUAGCCAAGCCCUAUUUUGGUACAAAUCUUGCUUUCAGACUCGCUGAAGCGCCAAACAAUCUGAAAGUAUCCAAUGCCGUAUGGAGGAACUUCGUGAGAGUAGCUAUAGAGAUUUUGAAGAGUAUUGUGGUCGCUGUAUCUUACAGGUUUGCUUUAGGUUCCGAUAAUGUGCGGAUGCUCGACCGGAGAGUCAGACGAGAGAUCUUUGAUAACAUUUGUAAGGACGGGGCUCCGCACCACUCCGCCACCACAGCCAAAAAGGUACGAAUAAUCAAACCAGGGGAAUUCACCCAUCUACUUAAUCAAGUCCUUGAAAGCAGGGUGGUAAUUGUUGAGGGGAAAUCAGGCGACUAUAUUUAG